UUUCAUCUACAUGUCACAAAAACUUCAUGAGUUGCACGUGAACUUGCUUGCCAGCGAAAAGGUCUUCUAAAACGCAUGGCACUUCUGGGUCAAUGCGCUUGUAACCAAGGAACUUCCCUCCCCUUUGAAGAUAGGGUUACUCUCUCAGCGCUUCUGUGUGAUUGCUGCGAUGAUGUCUGACAUCUGACCAAGGUGACCGUUUCAUUUACAUCUGCCAUCAUUGUUACACGCAAACAGAACUUGCCGUCUUCAAAUGCACCAGGGCAGGCCAAUACAAUGAAGAACGCCAUAAUUUUCGCCUUCGCCAUAUUAGUGAGUGUGUGUUUUGGUUUCCCGAAGUUAUCUCGUCCAAGGCUUUAUGGAACUGCAAUUCCUCAAAGAGAUUUGGAUCCCAGAAACCAUGCCACCAGAAGGAAGAUUCUUAUGAUCCAUAAUUUCUUUCGCACUAGAGUGAAUCCUCCAGCUGCGGAUAUGCUUGAAGUGUCAUGGCACGACGAAGCUGCAGAAGAUGCUCAGAGGUGGGCAGAACAGUGUCAGUUACUAUUGCACGACAAUAUUACAGGUCGUUGGACUGACGACUUCGGCUCGUGUGGUCAGAAUAUCUUCGUAGCCAAUGUUCAAGUCCCUUGGUUUUUCGCUGCUAAAGUUUGGUUUCUAGAACGAUUCAAUUUCACCUACGGACAGGACUUAAACGAUCCAAAUGUUGUUGGCCAUUACACGCAGAUGGUGUGGUACAGCACUCAUAAAGUAGGAUGUGGCUUUAACUAUUGUGAGGCCAACAAUGUUACGAAAUUUCCCUAUUACAGCUACGUGUGCAAUUACUGUCCCAUCGGCAAUCAUCCAGAAAGAUUUGAUCGUCCGUAUCAGAAAGGUGUAGCGUGCUCUGGAUGUGAAGGCCAUUGCAAAUACAAGAACCUUUGCACGAAUGGCUGCCCAUACGCCGACUACUGGAGCAAUUGCCAGGAAAUGAACACCACUUGGCACAAUUGGCUGUGUGAUGAUGAAACCACAGAUCGUUUCCGCGCCUGCCGAGCUACUUGCAGAUGCGAGAAUGCUAUUCGUUAAUUUUUGGAAGCCGAAAUGUCUUCCAAAUAAUAAUUAUGGAGAUAUUAAUAAUUAAGUAUGAAAACAUGGGAACCAUGUCAGUUGUGUUUGAGACAUUCGUUUUGGUCGAGAACGUGUCGUAUACAAUUCUUUGAAAAAUAAACUUUCCAUUUAAGCUCUG